AUGAGCGAACCUGUCAAAAAAAGAAGCUUGGGCAGUUAUCUAUCUCGUCUCGAAGAGAGAAGAGAAGAACGAGAAAGAUCAGAGCAACAGCAGCGAGAAAGUCCUAAGCCAGUGGGUGAAAAUGGGAAUUAUUCUGUUACCAAUGUUCCAGUAAAGGAGGAAGAGGUAUCUCAAAAGGUAACUUCAACUGAUCAGAACAGUACAAAACAACCAUCAGACGAACCCUAUGUCGUUAGCCAAGCAAACAGCUCUGACCAGAAAGUUGGAUCUCCUUUGAAUAAUCAAGAGUCAAUACCGGUGAGACAAGCGGAAACGAAAGGACCUAUUAAUGAAAUAAAACAGGAAACGGAUGUAGAAGAAAAGAAAAAUCUACCGAAAGUAGGGAGAAAUAAGCAUUCUGACGAAGAAUAUAGUAGUGCACUCAGUGAAGUUGAAAGUGACGCACCGACAGAGCCUGCAUCGCCACCAAGACCAAAAAUGGGGAGACUAAUACGAGGUGAUCAACUUGAAAGCGGAAACAACAGUCGACAAUCAAGUGCUCCAGUAUUGACAAAUGAUGGGGAAUCCGAUUCUGAUCUUUCCGAUUUAGAUGAGGCUCGUACAGCUAAAAUAUCAAGCAGUGCGAUUCACGAAGAUUCCUCUCCGGUGAAACAUUAUAAUGAACACAAGCGCAAAUCCUCUAGUAUAGAAAACUCCUCCAAUCACAAGAAGCAAAAACAUUCUGCCGGGAAAAAGAUACCGAAGACUAAGCGUGGAGUACAUAGGGAUGCCGGAGGCAGGACAAAACUACAAAUUGCUUGUGAUAAAGGCAAAUAUGAUUUGGCAAAAAAACUUAUUGAAGAAGACGGCUAUGACGUUAACGACCAAGACAACGCUGGAAAUACGCCACUACACGAAGCAGCUCUAAAUGGUCAUUCAGCAAUUGUCGAGUUGCUCGUAAGAAAUGGAGCUAAUGUUAAUAUUCAAUCAUAUGAUAUGUUUCUAGAUACGCCUCUUAUUGAUGCUUCCGCGAAUGGCCACAUAAAUGUUGUAAAAUAUCUUCUAGAUCACGGAGCAGAUCCAACAAUGGUAAAUGCCAAAGGUCUAAGUGCAAUUGAAUCUAUUGAGGAGGAAUCAGACAUGGAUAAUGAUGAUAGAAGAAUAGUGCACGAUAUGAAAGAUAUGUUAAAGAGAGCAACGAGGAAAUAUAUAAAACAUUCCCAUCGCACCUUACAGUCUAGUUCCAUGUCAAGACAUUCAGAUGAUAUAGACAAACAACUCAACCAUGAUGACGACUUUUAUUGGACUGAUAUCAGUUCAAAAUUGGGUAAAAACAAGCUUUUGAAAGCUUCCAAAGAGGGGAAAUUAGCAUACGUCGGUUCGUACCUUGAAAACGGUGGUAGACCUGAUUUCAGAUGUUUCCUUGAGAGUUGCAUAUAUGGUCAUGAUGACGUAGUAAGUUUAUUUUUAGCCUUUGGCGCACAAGUUAAUAUGAGUAACAAAGAAGGUCAAACUCCGUUGAUGCUAUCUGUCGGGCGUGGACAUGUCAACGUCGUGAAACUUUUACUCGAAGCCGGGGCGGAUCCACAGAAAACUGACAAACGAAAGAAAACUGCCUUGCAUUAUGCUAACCACAGCUCUCUUGGUCUAACGGAUCCUGAUGAAGUGAAUUUACUCAAAGCAGCGGUGAGGGCAAAAUAUGGAUACGAAGUUUCAAACAACAGCGAUGAAGAGGGGGAGGAAGAUUCUGAAGGGAAAUCUCCUUCACCUAGAGAAAUAUCGUCAAUUCCAUCCACCAAAGGAGAAGAGCAAGAUCGUUCUUUGGAAAUUCGUAAAGAUGAUAGUCCUUAUCAUUCAGAACCACAAUCUAAAAUCGGAAAUAUCAAUGAGGAAAAGCCAAAAUUAUUACCUGAUUCUCAAACGACAGCAGAAACUGCUUCCCUAGUCAGGCCAAGUCUAGAGAGACUAGACUCAACAAAAUCAACAUCUUCAACAUCAUUAACUCAUCGUUAUAAAAGUGCAUCUCCUACACAUCAACUAUCCACUCCGCCUAUUCUUCCGAAAGAAAGCGAAGAAGAGAGAGCCGCAAGGUUGAAGAGCGAAGAAGAGUACAGGCAAAAGAGACUGCAACAGAAGAAAAGGAAAGAACAGGAAUUCUUAAACAGAUUAGCUGAAGAUGAACGGAAGAGAGUAGAAGAGAAGGAGAAAUUGAAGCAACAGGAGGAACAGAGGCUAGAACAGGCCAAGAAAGAGGAACUAUUAAAAGAAGAAGAACUUCGAAACAGAAACGAAGUAGAAAAAAGAUUAAAGAUCAGAGAGCGUUAUCCAAUUGGAUUGAGAGUCAUUGAUUUCAAAGAUCUUGAGAAUUACGAUAAAUUUGGGCCUGUGUACUACUUCACUGAAGAUGGAUCAAAAUGGGUGCUAGAUCUUCAAAUAAGUGUCAUUAUCAAAUCCAGCACCGAAGAGUUAAAGAAACAAUCAUCAGAAUUUAAAGAAGUGGAAAAGGGUCAGUACCCACAACUAUGGAAUCUUUUCAAAUUCAUCUUCUUAUAUGGCGGCAGCGAUAAUGCAAACAACUCGAAGUCCUUGCCCUGGAGGCAAUUGUCGGAAAUUGACCAAACAGAGUAUGUAAAAUUCUAUGAACUCCCACUAACAUGGAUUAAACUAUCGCGAUUGAACCUGCAAGAUUUAAACCCAAAGAUGAAUGACUGGAUUGAAAAAAAUAUGAUAGAAUUUAUCCCGGCAUCUACAUCUGCCUUGUACAGAACAAGAAAGGUCCUUUUACGUGAUAGCAAAAGACCUGGCCAAAACGAAAAUAAUGCUAACACACGCUUUGUCCCUGCCAAAUAUCAAUCACGCUCCAAAAUGUUACCAUGGUUGAAUGCCUCCAAAGCGCUUUGGUAG